AUGAUUAACAUCGAAUGUGAUGUUGAAGCGCAUUUUGAAGGCAGUAUGGUCUUUGUGCAGGAUCGACGCGGCUCAUUGAGACCGCCAAGUGCAAUGAGCGGUUUGACCCAUGCAUUACUGCAAGCUAUCGUCACCGGUGGAAAUAGCAGUUAA